UAGCGUAUAUCGCUGUGUUGUGUGGUUUCUGCCGGAAGUGUUUGGAUUGUUAUGUUCCACAUCACUUGUAGGAGUUGUGGUAGUUGUAGGGUUAACUGAGUUACUAUGGCAGGGGGAAGUGUGUGGAUAGAAAAGCUAGAAGAUAUUGCUGAUCAGACAUUAAGGCUAUUGAAACAUGUUUUGCCAACAACUGCAAGAUUAUGUCUUAUUUCAACGUUCCUGGAAGAUGGGAUUCGAAUGUACGUGCAGUGGUCAGAACAGCAAGAGUACAUGGACAUGUCGUGGGGUUGUGGAAGAUUUUUAGCAGCAAUGUUUGUGCUGGUAAACUUGAUUGGACAGUUGGGGGGAUGCAUAAUGGUCUUAAGCAGACAACGCGUACCGGUAGCUUGUUCCAUACUGCUGUUUAUUGUCGUUUUACAGACUUUUGCAUACAACAUCUUGUGGGACAUGCAUUUUCUUUUGCGCAACUUGGCAUUGAUUGGUGCACUUGCAUUACUUCUGGCUGAAAGCAGAAAUGAAGCAAAAACUUUAUUUGCUGGUGUUCCAACACUUGGUGACAAUAAACCAAAAAAUAUUUUACAACUUACUGGAAGGGUUUUACUUGCUUUCAUGUAUAUCACGCUCCUUCGGUUUGAACCAUCUGUUAUGCAGAUUAUUCAAGAUCUCCUUGGAACAAUUUUGAUAGUGCUGGUAACACUUGGCUACAAAACUAAAUUGAGUGCACUUAGUCUUGUAAUUCUCCUUUUUGGUUUAAAUUUCUACCAUAAUGCUUGGUGGAACAUUCCUACACACAAGCCAUUGAGGGAUUUCCUGAAAUAUGACUUCUUUCAGACCUUGUCUGUGAUUGGUGGACUGCUGAUGAUAGUUUCGUUGGGGCCGGGUGGUGUUUCGAUGGAUGAACAUAAAAAGAAGUGGUGAAAAUGUGACUUUACAGGAAGGAAAAUAAAGCAGGUAAUGGAAUUGUGGUUUUUAUUUGUACAGGAGUCGAUUCAGCUGAUUGUUUAGUGGUGGUUGUGAAAAAAAAAUUGUGUGUGUAAAACAGGUAGUAAAAUGCAUUUGUCAUAAGAAGUAGGUUUUAACAUGACAAGUUUGCAUUUCAACAUCCUUAAGUUUGUAAUGUCAAAAUAAUGAUUCACUGCAGAGCAAUUACAGUGGCACUUUUUUUUUUUUUUUGCAUGGAGUGCAUGUCUUUCAGUAAAUGACCAUGGCAUGUUAUUUGAAAUAACAUGCAUGGUGGUACAUUUGUGUUAACAGUGUGAUUGUUUCACUUUUGUGUACAUUGCAGUAAAACUUUCAUUGUGCUAGACCCUAGUGUUUUAUAAACUGUUCAUGGCUCAUACCAAUUAAAGUACUGAAAGAUGCCUGGUUAGCCCCAAUACAACAUACAGUUUUAAUCUGCCUGGAUUUUGAAGUGGAAAAAGUGGAGUUGCCAUGACAGAAAUAGAGAAUGAUGAACCAGAUUGUCCAAAAAUUACAUUUUGUAUGAACUCAAGAGUAUGAUCAUGAGAAUGUAAGGCAUAGAUUUAUGCCUAUUAUGAGAGGCUUAGUGCUGAUCUGUUAUCACAUGGAACUCCUAUGAAACAAAUACAAUACAGUGUUUGAAUCUAGUUCCUUUACUUCCAUUUAAAAUUGUGGACUGUUAUUAAAGUGUGUAUUUACUCUGCCCUGUGUGUGUGUGUGUGUGUGUGUGUGUGUGUGUGUGUGUGUGUGUGUGUGUGUCAGUUGCUUUUCACCAGUUGGUAUAAGGUUUUCUUUUUUUAAAAAGUUAGAAAUUUCAAAUCUGCAGUCACUUAUUUCCACCAGUGCACCAUAUCUGACAAAACUGUAGCUCCAAAAUAAGUACUUAAUUUGGUUACCUUGCAAGAUUUUUGGAAAACCUUUCUUCAUAAUGCCAGGGCCAGUGCUCUCUACAGUGUUCAUUACACAUGCAUUUAAAAAGAAAAUGCAAGGUUUGUUGCAUAAUACAUGUAAAAUAUUUCUACACUAACUUUUAUGCAUCAGUCGAAAGUUUUGCUAUUUUUAAUGGUUUAUUUUAUCCCUGAU